CCCAGCCCCGGAAUCACCAUGCCUCGCUCCUUUCUAGUCAAGAAGCAUUUCUCCACCAGCAAGAAGCCCAACUACAGCGAACUGGAGAGUCAGACAGUGAUUGUGUCUCCACACUUGUAUGACCAGUCCUACCCGAUGUUGGCCAUUCCAGCACCAGAGGUCCUCAGUCCAGCAAUAUGUUACCCUCCACUGGUCUGGGAUAAUGGACUGCUCUCUAGCUUCUUUACCCCAGUGCCAGCAGCUGCUCCUGGACCCCCAGAAGAGCCCAAGGCCCUGGACCUGACUUCUCUGUCCAGCGAUGAUUAUGACAGUGGCAAGGGAUCGGAUCCCCCAAGCCCAGUCUCCCAGGAAGAGGAGACAGAGAAGUUCUCCUGUGGUCAGUGCCCUGAAUCCUACACCACCUUGCCCAGCCCUUCCAAACACCAGCAGCUUCAGCACAGUGAAGACACCCAGCCCAGAAAAGCCUUCAUCUGCAAGGUCUGUGAGAAGGAAUAUGUGAGCCUCGGUGCCCUCAAGAUGCACAUCCGGAGCCACACACUCCCCUGUGUCUGCAAGAUUUGUGGGAAGGCCUUCUCCCGACCCUGGCUGUUGCAGGGUCACAUCAGAACCCACACAGGGGAGAAGCCCUUCUCCUGUACGCACUGCAGCCGAGCCUUUGCCGACCGCUCCAACCUCAGGGCCCACCUGCAGACCCACUCGGAUGUCAAGAAGUACCAGUGUAAAACCUGCUCCCGGACUUUCUCCCGAAUGUCCCUGCUCCACAAGCACGAGGAGACGGGCUGCUCGGGCUCCCGCUAAAAGACUCCCAUGAGAUCCCCCCAUGCAGAAGUUGCCCCGGUGCUGCCUGGAUUCUCCCUUUCUCCCCUGCCAGGAACCCAUUCCAGUUUGUGAAAAAAGCCAAGUGAAUAUUUGCCAUUAUGAUUUUCCAGGAAAAAAAAAAGUUUCUAUAGGAAAUAGCUCCCUCUGUGUUAACUCCAGCUGUGGAGCAACAUUCCCUACUCUUCUCCCCCCCCCCCCCAAUUUGCUGCUUCAGUCUUUAGUGAAAGG